AUGGUCACCGGCCCCCUGCGCAAUCACUCCAACAUCGGCCCUAUAUCAAGUGGCGCCGUUGUGCUUCUGCUCGUAUCGCUCGUCUCGCUCGCCGCCGGCGCUCCACAAAUAAAUGCUCAGAAAACAACCUCGCUGCUGGUAGACGAGGAGCCGGACCCCGAACAUAUAGGGGCCCAACAGGCCCCGCGCUCCAUCAACGUCAUCACCAUCCAGAAGGAGCCGGCCAUUUCCGGUGCCCGCGUCGAGGCGCUAACCACCGAACAUGAACCGGUUUUCCUGGGACACACCGCUCGAGGCGAGAGCAUCGUGGUGCCCGACUCCCUCAUCCAGUACAGCCUCUACGGCUUUUGGCUUGACGAAGUGCUCGAGAUCGGCUUCACCACCAAGACCUGCAUCGAGCCGGAGUACUCUUUCGACCGCGAGGUAUUCGGCUAUCAGAGCGACAAGCGAAUCACGCUGCACGCCAGUUUUGGAAGCCAUGACCGCGAGCUGCGCCUGUGCGUCAAACACCGCCCCAAGGACAGGGUCACCAAGCCCGAAUUCGACGAGGUCGCCGAGGCGCGCACCUGGAUCUCGACGCUGCCCGCCCCGAGAAAAUAUUAUUUUCCCUUUCCCGUUCAGAUGAACGCGAAAGACGAAAACGGACUCCCCGACGAGCUGCGCAUUGCCGUGGGCGCCAUGGAGAUUUCGGACAAGACCGUGUCGGACGUGAUGACCAGGAUUGAUGACGUGUUCAUGCUCCACAACGACACCGUGCUCAACACGAAGGCCGUGGCCGAAAUUUUGAGGAUGGGCUAUACGAGGAUCCCGAUUUAUUCUGGGGAUCGCAAUAAUGUGGUCUCUCUCCUCUUUGUGAAAGAUCUCGCCCUCCUCGACCCUGACGACAACUUUACGAUACAAAUGGUCACCAGCUAUCACAAGCACCCGCUGCGUUUCGUGAUGGAGGACACGCCGCUGAGGAUCAUGUUGGAGGAGUUCAAGAGGGGCGACUACCAUCUGGCCAUGGUGCAGCGCGUAGUCGAAAAGGACGAAAAGGACCCAACCUACGACCUUGUCGGCGUCGUCACCCUUGAGGAUAUCGUCGAGGAGAUUCUGCAGGCCGAGAUCGUCGACGAGACGGACGCCGUCACCGACAACGUCUUCAAGCAUCGCCGUCGCGGAGCACAGGCGACCGACUUGAGCUACCUGUGCUCGAAUGAGGAGCCGUCGAAGCUGUCCGUCCAGAUGCAGCUCGUCACCAUGCAGUGGCUGACAACGAACCACGCGCUCGCCUUCUCGUCGGAGGUGAUAGCCUCGCCGGUGCUGGAGAAGCUCAUCCGCCAACAAGUUCGACGGGUGGAACUAUCGCACCUUCCCGACAUGUACGACCCGAAGGCCGUCAUCCCGCGCACCGCCAAGAUCUUCACCAAGGGCGAGUUCAGCGACCGUUUCGUGCUCAUCCUCGAGGGACGCGCGCUCGUUACCAUUGGACAGGACCAAAUGACGUUCGAAGCCGGGCCGUGGCACGCGUUCGGCACCGAAUUGCUCGAGCGACUGUGCGAUCAUGUCGUGGCGGAGAGCAAGCGUCCGUUGAACGGUAGCCGUUGCUCCCUGACCGAUCGCCCCGAGCAGAAGGACCGCAAGAUCGGCUUCACCCCGGAUUAUUCGGUGGUCGUCCGCGACGAUUGCACAUUCCUCGAGAUCUCUGCCAACCACUACGAGCUCGCCUACAAGACGUCACAGAUCUCCAAGACCACUGCAAGAAUCUCUGUGGGCGAGGGCCCGACCUCGAACAUCAUCCGCGGGCCGCUGAUGACGGACAGGACGGGCAGCCAGAGCAGCGUCAGCAAGGGGUGCAGCGCUAGAGAUCUGGAUCCGGUGGAACGAGUGAAGAGGAAUGGAGGGGGAAAGAUACGAUCUUCUAGUGAAAGUGAACAGACGGAGCUGCUCCCUCGCUGUGAUUUCCUGUCCCCUCGCGAUGGGUCGCUGUUCUCCGAGGAAUCCGGCCUGUCCGAUGCA